CCGCCCUCCCCCACCCGCCUCCGCAAAAGCAAAUGGCUGGCGUAGAAGCGUAACCCGCUGGCACUCUUCGGAUUUGUGCCUGGUUUUUCUCUUGCACCUUGAGAGUCGCGACCGUCAUGCGGUGAUGUGUGCCGAGGGAGGAGGAAUUGGUAAGGAGCACCUGCAUAUCCUGGAUCUGCCCGCAUUUUGGACAUGACUGAGUGUCUACAAUGGGCCAGGUAUCACUGGCAACGGCUGAUGGGCAGUAGAAACAGAGACGACGAUGAGAGGCCAUACAGCUACUCCUCUCUGCUUGCCUGUGGGGGCAAGUCCUCUCAGACUCCCAAACUGGCAGGAAAGCACCGGGUUGUUGUUCCCCACCUCCGGCCCUUCAAGGAUGAGUAUGACAAGUUCUCUGGCACCUACGUGAAUAACCGAAUACGAACAACAAAGUACACACUUCUAAAUUUUGUGCCAAGAAAUUUAUUUGAACAAUUUCACAGGGCUGCCAAUUUAUAUUUCCUGUUUCUCGCUGUCUUGAACUGGGUGCCUUUGGUAGAAGCCUUCCAAAAGGAAAUCACGAUGCUGCCUCUGGUGGUGGUCCUGACAAUUAUUGCAAUUAAAGAUGGUUUGGAAGAUUACCGAAAAUACAAAAUUGACAAACAGAUCAACAAUUUAGUAACUAAAGUUUACAGUAGGAAGGAGAAAAAAUAUGUCGACCAAUGCUGGAAAGAUGUUGCUGUUGGGGACUUUAUUCGCCUUUCCUGUAAUGAGGUUAUUCCUGCAGACAUGGUCUUACUUUUUUCUACCGAUCCAGAUGGAAUCUGUCACAUUGAGACUUCUGGGCUUGAUGGAGAGAGCAAUUUAAAACAGAGGCAGGUGGUUCGGGGAUAUGCAGAGCAGGACUCUGAAGUUGAUCCAGAGAAAUUUUCCAGUAAGAUAGAAUGUGAAAGUCCAAACAAUGACCUCAACAGAUUCCGAGGCUAUCUAGAACAUUCCAACAAAGAACGCGUGGGUCUCGGUAAAGAAAAUUUACUACUUAGAGGAUGCACCAUUAGAAACACAGAGGCCGUGGCGGGCAUUGUAGUUUACGCAGGCCAUGAAACCAAAGCAAUGCUGAACAACAGUGGCCCAAGGUAUAAGCGCAGCAAAUUAGAAAGAAGAGCAAAUACAGAUGUCCUCUGGUGUGUCCUACUUUUGGUUGUGAUGUGUUUAACUGGUGCAUUGGGUCAUGGAAUCUGGUUGAGUAGAUAUGAAAACAUAAUGUUUUUUAAUAUCCCCGAGCCUGACGGACAUGUCAUAUCACCAGUGCUGGCAGGAUUCUAUAUGUUUUGGACCAUGAUCAUUUUGUUACAGGUCUUGAUUCCCAUUUCACUCUAUGUUUCCAUUGAAAUCGUGAAGCUCGGACAGAUAUAUUUUAUUCAAAGUGAUGUGGAUUUCUACAAUGAGAAAAUGGAUUCCACUGUUCAGUGUCGAGCCCUCAACAUCACUGAGGAUCUUGGACAGAUUCAGUAUCUCUUUUCUGAUAAGACAGGAACUCUUACUGAGAAUAAGAUGGUUUUCCGAAGAUGUAGUGUGGCAGGCUUCGAUUACUGCCAUGAAGAAAAUGCCAAGAGGUUAGAGUCCUACCAGGAAGCAAUCUCUGAAGAUGAAGAUUCCACUGACACUCCGAUCGACUCCCUCAGCAAUAUGGCGAAACCCAGGGCCCCCAGCUGCAGGACGGUUCAUAAUGGGCCCUUGGGAAGUAAAUCCCCGAAUCAUCUUGCUGGGAGCUGUUCAGCUCUGGGAAGUAGAGAAGGAGCCAGUGAAGUGCCUCACUCCAGACAGGCUGCUUUCAGUAGCCCCAUUGAAACAGAUGUGGUACCAGACACCAGGCUUUUGGACAAAUUUAGUCAGAUUACACCGCAGCUUUUUACCCCACUAGAUGAGACUAUCCCAGAUCCACUACUGGAGACCUUGUACAUCAUGGACUUCUUUAUUGCUUUGGCAAUUUGCAACACAGUAGUGGUUUCUGCUCCCAACCAACCACGACAAAAGAUUAGGCUCUCGUCCCUGAGUGGAAUGCCUAUAAAGUCCUUGGAAGAGAUUAAAAACCUCUUCCAGAGAUUGUCUGUCCGAAGAUCAAGUUCGCCGUCGCUUGCCGGUGGGAAAGAGCCCUCUCCUGGGGUCCCAAAUGCCUUUGUGAGCAGACUCUCCCUCUUUAGUCGAAUGAAACUGGCUUCCCCAGUGGAGGAAGAGGACUCCCCUGGGAGUGAGUGCCCCCAGGGCUCUGGGGACUCUCUUUGCCCUCCAGAUACGGAGAAACAGAGCAGUGAUCCUGGCCUCCCGGAGGGCGAGGCGGCGCCCUCCCCUGGACAGCCCUCCACCUCCACCCUGUGUUACGAGGCUGAGAGCCCGGAUGAGGCAGCCUUGGUGUAUGCGGCCAGGGCUUACCAGUGCACUUUAUGCUCCCGGACCCCAGAGCAGGUCGUGGUGGACUUCGCCGCUCUGGGGCCAUUAACAUUUCAACUCCUACACAUCCUGCCCUUCGACUCCGUAAGAAAAAGAAUGUCUGUGGUUGUUCGGCACCCCCUUUCCAACCAAGUGGUGGUGUAUACAAAGGGUGCUGACUCCGUCAUCAUGGAGUUGCUCUCUGUGGCUUCCCCCGAUGGAGCAAGUCUGGAGAAACAGCAGAUGAUAAUAAGGGAGAAAACCCAGAAACACUUGGAUGACUAUGCCAGACGGGGCCUACGCACUUUAUGUAUAGCGAAGAAGGUCAUGAGUGACGCUGAAUACGCAGAGUGGCUGAGAAACCAUUUUUUAGCUGAAACCAGCAUUGACCACAGGGAAGAAUUACUCCUUGAAUCUGCCAUGAGGUUGGAGAACAAGCUCACUUUACUUGGUGCUACAGGCAUUGAAGACCGUCUGCAGGAGGGAGUCCCCGAGUCCAUUGAGGCCCUUCAGAAAGCCGGCAUCAAGAUCUGGAUGCUGACAGGGGACAAGCAGGAGACAGCUGUCAACAUAGCUUAUGCAUGCAAACUCCUAGAGGCGGAUGACAAGCUCUUUAUCCUCAAUACCCAGAGUAAAGAUGCCUGUGAGAGGCUGAUGAGCACAAUCCUGAAAGAACUUCAGGAGAAGAAUCCAGCCUCUCCAGAGCGAACGUCACCGCGGGAGGGUUUGCCCCAGCUUCCGGCCACACAGGACUCCGGGCUGCGGGCUGGCCUCAUCAUCACCGGGAAGGCCCUGGAGUUUGCUCUGCAGGAGAGUCUGCAGAGGCAGUUCCUGGAGCUGACGGCCUGCUGUCAGGCCGUGGUCUGCUGCCGAGCCACCCCCCUGCAGAAGAGCGAGGUGGUGAAACUAGUUCGCAACCAUCUCCGGGUGAUGACGUUGGCCAUCGGCGAUGGUGCCAAUGAUGUCAGCAUGAUUCAAGUGGCAGACAUCGGGAUUGGGAUCUCAGGUCAAGAAGGCAUGCAGGCGGUGAUGGCCAGCGACUUUGCCAUCGCUCAGUUUAAGCAUCUGGGCAAGCUCCUCCUGGUCCACGGGCACUGGUGUUACACGCGACUCUCCAAUAUGAUUCUCUAUUUUUUCUACAAGAAUGUGGCCUAUGUGAACCUCCUUUUCUGGUACCAGUUCUUUUGUGGAUUUUCAGGAACCUCCAUGACUGACUACUGGGUUUUGAUCUUAUUCAACCUCCUUUUCACUUCCGCUCCUCCUGUCAUUUAUGGUGUCUUGGAGAAAGAUGUGUCUGCAGAGACCCUCCUACAGCUGCCGGAACUUUACAAGAGUGGCCAGAAAUCAGAGGCAUACUUACCCCUUACCUUCUGGAUCACCUUGCUGGAUGCCUUUUAUCAAAGCCUGGUCUGCUUUUUUGUGCCUUACUACACCUACCAGGGCUCAGACAUUGACAUCUUUGCAUUUGGAAACCCCCUGAACACAGCUGCUCUGUUCAUCAUUAUCCUCCACCUGGUGAUUGAGAGCAAGAGCUUGACCUGGAUCCACAUGCUGGUCUUUGCGGGCAGCCUCUUGUCUUAUUUUUUCUUUGCCUUGGUUUUCGGAGCCCUGUGCGUCACAUGCAAUCCGCCGUCCAACCCCUACUGGAUUAUGCAGGAGCACAUGCUGGACCCCGUGUUCUACCUGGUUUGUGUCCUCACGACCUGCGUCGCCCUUCUGCCCAGGUUUACAUACAGAGUUCUUCAGGGAUCCCUGUUUCCGUCUCUGGUUCGGAGGGCUCAGCACUUGGACAGACUGACUCCAGAGGAGAGGACUGAAGCUCUCAAGAAGUGGAGAGGGGCCGGAACGCUGGGCCGCGCGCCAUCCCAGUGUGCUGACCACUCAGCUGCCAAGUCAGAGAAGAGAGCCACGUCUGGCCCGUCUGCUGCCUUGGCGAUGAUGUCAGCACCGUCCUGUGCUGUUGAGCGGGGAAGCUUCUCUGUACAGGAAACUCCCUUGGACUCAGACUUCUGUGAAACUAAGACCUCAGGGAUGGCGGGGACCUCAGAGGGCUAAAAAAAAAAAAAAAAGGGGCAGGGUAUCCUCCUUGGGGUGACAAGUCUCCCUUCAAAUCUGGAAGAGGGACUUUGAAGAGGCACCUCUAUCAAGCAAGAACCAAGUGGCUUUUUUCCUGAGGGACACGAAGAUUCUUCUGUGCCCAGAAAAGCCAAUGUGAUGACCUUUCUUGUAUGUUUGUAGAUACAUUUGAGAGGUUGCAGUUGGGCCUGAACUGAGUUUAGGGAGGUGAAAUAUUUCAUUCCGAAUCAAAUGCUUUUAUGAAACUUUUUGGAUUUUGUAAAAGCAUUUUAAUUGUCUUAGGCAUGCAGACAUUCUUAAGGGAUUCAUUUGAGAUACAUUUAUUUUAUUGGGAGAUCUCAGAUUCCAGGGAAACGCUUUCAGUGAGCAGACUCCAAUCUGAAUUUUCUCUCAUGAACAAAAACUAGUUUUUAGAUCCAUUGGAAUGCAGAAGAGAUUUCCACAUGGAAAUAAAAAUGUUAUAAAUGAUUAAUUUCUAGAGGAAAAACUCCAAAGAGCCUUUUAAAUGACAAUGUACCUAAAAUAGAGUAAUAACUGUACUGUUGAAAAUGUGAUUAUUAAUAGUUUUUUAUUUCCUCCAGGAAGAUGCCUUUGGUCAUCUGACUGCCCAUGUAAGGCAGACCUCUCUGCUCAUUUUGGUGUUCCUUGAGGCAGGGUCUUCAUGGGGAGGGGGCAGACGGGUGCCAGGGUUCGACAGGAAUAUGUUUCUCUCUCAGCUUUCAGGCAAGAGAAGACCUUUUAUGAGGUCUGUCUCUGUGCAGAUGUCCACUGGGAAACAUAGGCCAUUGGUAGGGCAGACACAAUCAGCCUACUGUAGCCCACUUGGCAAUUUCCUGUAUUCUGAAACUUACAAUAGCCUGAUUAAAAUGAGACAAUCAAUUUGAAAACAAUCUUCAAGAGACCAUUUUGAGGGUUCAUAGUCUUUACAUUACCCUACUAGGUCUCCAGAGUUGUAACCUUUAAAAAUGAGAUAUUAUGCAUUGAGACUAAUACAGGUGAUUCUCAGCAGAAUUCCAUGAGGUUCUUAGAAAACUUUGUUUUUAAACACUUUUUAGGACAGGAAUGUCGACAGCAAGCUAGCUGCUGUUGCAAAUCAUGUGUGUUGGCUUUCGUUAGAACAGAGAGACUAGUUUACCAACUAAGCCCAGAUGUUACAAGAUCAUCUAUUUUUGUUGAGUUCUUUUAAAAUUCAGUAUCUAUUCAUCUGAAAAUUGUCAGCCACUAACCACCCAGAAUCUCCUUCCCGAAAUCUCCAUGCUGAUGUUCUAUGUCUGUAUCAAGGUCUUAGGACUAUUCAUUUCUUAUCCUCUUAUCUCUUAUCCUCAGGGCUUCAUCUUCUCCUCCUGCCUCUUUGUCCUGGUCUGACAUUUUUUUUGUAACUGUCUGAUAUUACCACAAAUAGUCUUUCAUAGAGACUGAUUUUUAGAACUUUCAAAAUCCCACAUGGCUGUUGGAGGUUGCUUUCUGCUCUCUUUAAUGAUUUUUUAAGAUAAACUGUUUAAUAAAUCACGUGUAC